AAAUAUCAGCCGGGAAUUUCGAAAAGUCAGUUUUCGUCUCAUCAACGAUCAAUCAACAAAAUGGCCCGUACCAAGCAGACCGCACGUAAAUCUACUGGAGGAAAGGCUCCCCGCAAGCAGCUCGCCACCAAGGCUGCCCGCAAAUCCGCCCCAGCCACCGGCGGAGUCAAGAAGCCCCAUCGUUACAGGCCCGGAACCGUCGCUCUCCGUGAGAUCCGUCGCUACCAGAAGAGCACCGAGCUUCUCAUCCGCAAGCUCCCCUUCCAGCGUCUGGUCCGUGAAAUCGCUCAGGACUUCAAGACCGAGCUCCGCUUCCAGAGCUCCGCCGUCAUGGCUCUCCAGGAGGCUAGCGAAGCUUACUUGGUCGGUCUUUUCGAGGACACCAACCUUUGCGCCAUCCACGCCAAGCGUGUCACCAUCAUGCCAAAGGACAUCCAGCUUGCCCGCCGUAUCCGUGGCGAGCGUGCCUAAGUCGUUUUAACCUUGUUUGAACGCAAAACCGGCUCUUUUCAGAGCCACUAAUUUUACAAGAAAGACACAAUCUGAUUUUUAUUUUCAUAAGUAUUGAAGUAGGGGAGCAGCGUUGACUAAUUGUCUCAUUGCCAUUAUCAAAGAGAUAUCUGGUAUUCGGUUUUUAUUUAAUGUCGAUCAGUAAGAAAAGAAGGGGGCGAAAUUAUGAAGAUCACGUUCUGUGAUUUUCACGAUGGAAUUUUGUAAUAUAAUAAGAAAUGUUGAUUUUGCUCGCUCGCAAUUGGUAAAUUUCACGCGACACGUAAUAAAUCAAUCUAGCCCCCUAAAAAAUUCGGCUCAUCGCCAAUAACUAAGACAAUGGCACGGUGAGUGAUAAUAUCCCGGGCUGAUAUCUGCAUUAGUUUUUUUUUGGGGGGGGCA